GUGAAUCACGUAGAUCCUGACAGCGGAGUCUGCGCGCAGACAAGGCAGCAAGCGCACCGGACGCGGACGACACGCUCCGUCACUGCGGACGACCACACACACACACACUGCGAGCAGGUCAACGUGACUGCACAAGGACCUAAGCAGCAAGGAGGAAAGAACUUAAACUAAGUCAAGAUGGCGCCCACGCUGGGAUAUUGGGACCUGCGCGGCUUGGGCCAGCCGAUCCGCAACCUACUGAUCUACAAAGGGAUCGACUUCGAGGACAAGCGCUACAAGUUCGGCUCGGCGCCCGACUACGACCGCGGGGAUUGGCUCAAGGAGAAGUUUUCCCUGGGGAUCAUGUUUCCCAACCUGCCGUACUACAUCGACGACGAGGUCAAGAUUAGCCAGAGCUUGGCCAUCAUGCGGUACCUGGCCCGCAAGCACGACCUCGGCGCCAGGGACAACGAGGAGACGACCCAGCUGGACGUGAUGGAGCAGCAGGCCAGGGACCUGGCCUGGUGGCUCGUCAUGGUCUGCUACUCGCCAAACUUCCAGGAGCAGAGGGCCAAGUACGAGGAGACCAUGAUGGGACAGCUGCGGCUCUGGGACGAGCACCUGCAGGGCAAGCUGUGGGUGCUGGGCGAGCGGCUCACCUACGUCGACUUCCUGCUCUACGAGGCGCUCGACUGGAACUACGAGUUCAAGCCCGAGGCCUUCCAGGGAUUCCCCGUCGUGGUGGCCUACAUGCGGCGCUUCGAGGAGCUUCCAAACCUGAAGGAGUACUUCGCCUCGGACAAGUACAGCAAGUGGCCCCUCAUGGGACCACAGGUCAAGUGGGGCCACGUGAAGGAUGGUGUCAGCAGCAUUCCUGUUGCACUGGUGCCUACAAACGGAGGCUUCAUCAGGCUCACUAAUCCCCAGGCUGUCCAGAAGGAACUUAAAGCCACGUCAAACCAUUUCCAGACCAUCACCGAUGUGCGUCAAUUCGGACGAGGAGGCAUAGUGUGUAGGUCACCGGACCAGACCUGUGUGCAGGAUCUGCUUAAGUGUACCUCGUUUGCUUCAACCCCGAUGACGCAAGGAAGCCAGGUUCCUCCAGCACCUCAGUCAACUAUCACCAUUGACACCACUGAACUACAUAGCCUAGUGCUGGACAAACUUUCUACACCUGUAGAUAAGGCUAAGCAGUCUGUAUCACAAGUGCAAUCAGACCGUUACACGCCUCAGCCAAGCACAACCUCGAAGACACUGGGUAGCGUGCUGUUCUUUAGCGUGCAAGAAUCUAAUCUGAAAGUCGGCUAUGGCUCACCUAACAGUGUUUACUCUUUUCUCGACGCCCAGCUAGAAAGCAUGAAACCCUUGCUCGCCUACUGGAACAUUCGCUCGCUGGGACAGCCCUUGCGGAACCUGCUCAUCUACAAGGGCGUGGAGUUCGAAGACAAGCGCUACCCGCACGGGCCGCCGCCGGAGUACAGCCGCGAAGCGUGGCUGCGGGAGAAGUUCACCCUGGGCUUUCCCUUCCCAAACAUCCCGUACUACGUGGACGACGACGUCAAGAUCACCCAGAGCGUCGCCAUUCUUCGCUACCUGGGCAGGAAGCACGACCUGGCCGGCAGAGAUGACCAGGAGACCACGGAGCUGGACGUACUCGAGCAGCAGGCCCGGGACAUGUUUCUGGCUAUACCGUACCAAGCGACCAACGUGCCGGGCUGCAAGGGAGGCCUAGAGUGGUACGCCGAAAACAUGGGCUACGUACUCGAACCUUGGGAGAAGCACCUGAGUGACAAUAAGUGGGCUCUCGGGGACAGGCUGACCUACGUCGACUUCAUGCUGUACGAAGGGUUCGACUGGCACCGGGAAUUCAAGCCGGAUGCCAUGGAGCCAUACCCGAACAUAGCGGAAUACCUGAAGAGAUUCGAGGAACUGCCCAACAUCAAAGAGUUCUUCGCAUCCGACAAGUACAACAGGUGGCCCAUCCUGGGGCCCAUGCGGCCGUGGGGAAACAGGAAGUGAAAAGAACUGAAAAGACGAAC